AUGGCCGCCGUGCCCCGCCAUUCCUCCUUCAGCGAACUUACAUAUCCCCGUUCCCAGCGCGCCCUAGCGGCCCGCGCCCACAUGCCCGCCCAAAAACCCUGGGCUUCCUUCGUGGCCUGUUGGGCCCCGGCCUUUUCUGGGUAUACCGCACAGGCCCCCUUGAGCAAGCGAAAAGAACGUUUCGGUGGGCUUUGGAGAGUUUUGGGUGGGGGCCGGGAACCCUCCUGGGCCUUUUCCCCAGGGGUUACGGGAAAAAAAAUAAAGUUCACCAAGAAAGAGCCCCUAAUCCCCUGCAAUGGUUUCCACGUGUCCUCCAGACGACCGGGCAAAGACCCCUUUCCGGAGAUGACAGAAACGGGCAUUGGAUUUGGGCCAGUGCUCCGGGUUCCUCUGCAACCGGCCAAGUGUUGGGCGGCCAAAGAGUCGAUGGUCUUGUCCGCUAGCCUUCUGCCAGUCCCCCACCUCUAUGAACGUCUCCUUCUCUCUGUUGUGUUUUUCUCUUUGAUUCCAGACCCCAACGCCUGGAAAAUUCCGAAGCACUUUUCCAAAGGGGUGGAGACGGAGGAAUGGGGCAAGUUCCUGCACACCAAGAACAAGAUUUACACUGAUUUCGACGAAAUCCGCCAGGAAAUCGAGAAUGAAACAGAGAGGAUUUCCGGGAAUAAUAAAGGUAUCAGCUCGGAGCCCAUCCACCUAAAGAUAUUCUCCCCGAAUGUGGUCAACCUGACGCUCGUGGAUUUGCCAGGAAUGACAAAGGUACCUGUCGGCGACCAACCCAAAGACAUCGAAAUCCAGAUCCGCGAGCUCAUCCUGAGGUACAUCAGCAACCCCAAUUCCAUUAUCCUGGCAGUCACGGCUGCCAACACCGACAUGGCAACUUCAGAGGCUCUUAAGAUCGCGCGGGAAAGUGACCCUGACGGUCGCAGGACUCUCGCCGUCAUAACCAAGCUGGACCUGAUGGACGCAGGGACGGACGCUAUGGAUGUGCUUCUGGGACGGGUCAUCCCGGUCAAACUUGGCAUCAUCGGAGUGGUCAACAGGAGCCAGUUGGACAUUAAUAACAAAAAGAGCGUGGCCGACUCUAUCCGGGAUGAGUACGGGUUCCUGCAGAAGAAAUACCCCUCCCUGGCAAACAGGAACGGAACCAAAUAUCUUGCACGGACUCUUAACAGGCUACUGAUGCACCACAUCCGCGACUGUCUGCCGGAGCUGAAGACCAGAAUCAACGUCCUGGCCGCCCAGUACCAGUCCCUGCUGAACAGCUACGGGGAACCCGUGGAAGACAAGAGCGCCACGUUACUGCAGCUCAUUACUAAGUUUGCCACAGAGUAUUGCAACACCAUCGAAGGAACAGCAAAAUACAUAGAAACCUCUGAACUGUGCGGAGGGGCUCGCAUCUGCUACAUCUUCCACGAGACGUUCGGAAGGACGCUGGAAUCCGUAGACCCGCUGGGCGGCCUCACCACCAUCGAUAUCCUUACGGCCAUUAGAAACGCAACGGGCCCCCGGCCGGCCUUGUUUGUGCCGGAGGUCUCCUUCGAGCUGCUGGUGAAGAGACAGGUGAAACGGCUGGAGGAGCCGAGUUUGCGCUGCGUGGAGCUGGUCCAUGAGGAGAUGCAGAGGAUAAUCCAGCACUGCAGUAACUACAGCACGCAGGAGCUGCUGAGGUUCCCGAAGCUUCACGAUGCCAUAGUCGAGGUGGUUACGAGUCUCCUGCGGAAGCGACUGCCGGUUACUAAUGAGAUGGUACAUAACUUGGUGGCCAUCGAACUCGCCUACAUCAACACCAAACACCCGGACUUUGCCGAUGCCUGCGGGCUGAUGAAUAACAAUAUAGAGGAACAGCGGCGGAACAGAAUCGCUCGGGAGUUGCCUCCGCCCAGGGAAAAGCCUCCCAAAGCAUCAGGGCCGUUGCCAGCAGCCUCUUUAGAGCCCUCCCCUGCCUCCUCUUCUGCCGAAACUGAUGGCAAGGCAGCUCCUGCGGGCAACACAGGGGAUGGGUUACCCGACGCUGGGACCGGGAACUGGAGGGGAAUGCUAAAGCCCAAGGGGGAGGAGCUUCCUGCCGAGGAGAAGAACAGGGCUCCCCCGGCCCUUCCUGCCAGCCCACUUAGGGGCCACGCUGUAAAUCUGCUGGAUGUGCCGGUACCCGUAGCCAGGAAGCUUUCCGCCCGCGAGCAGCGCGACUGCGAAGUCAUCGAGCGACUAAUUAAGUCGUACUUUCUUAUCGUCAGGAAGAACAUCCAGGACAGUGUGCCAAAAGCUGUAAUGCAUUUCCUGGUGAACCAUGUGAAGGACACGUUACAGAGUGAACUCGUGGGCCAGCUCUAUAAAUCGAUGCUGCUUGAAGACCUUCUGACUGAGUCCGAGGACAUGGCCCAGCGCAGGAAAGAAGCGGCUGAUAUGCUAAAGGCGCUGCAGAGAGCCAGUCAGAUCAUUGCGGAAAUCCGGGAAACGCACCUCUGGUAAAGGGGUGACCCCUACCUGCCAAUAUAGACCCGAGUGGGGGGGGGGAUCCCCCCAACUUGAAUAAGCCUGCUGAACUAAGACAAGAAUGGCCGUCGGUGUAUACGUGGUAGAAUUUUAUUUAUAAAACCUCUAACCAUAUUCAGUAUAAACGGGGGGGGGCUGUAUUUAUCAAGCAAUGCCAUGAAAUAAAUCUUACAUCCAAUCCUGGUCCCUGUUGUGAUCAUGUGACUGCAACACAGCAUGCUGGGACGCCAGGGAACUCCUUUUAGGAUUGGUUGCACCGUGUGUGUCUCAUUUCCAUCCACCUUUCUGAUUGGUCGACACUUGCAGCCAUAUAAGGUCGCAGAUCAUUCCUUUACUGCACCGUUGUAUUUAUAUAUCACCGAGGAAAGCGUUUAGUUGCCCUUUAAUGCAGAUAUCGGGAAUAUAGGCGCUUUAAAACAGCAGGGGGGGGGGGGGCAGUUCUAUUACCCACAAUGCACUUUGUCGCUGUUUCCCAAUGGCCUCGCCCGGUGUGUGUGUGUUGCAGUUGGACACGGCACUUGCUUUUCUUCUCCUUCCGACCCAAUAGCGGGAAUAUAUUAAAGGGAAAGUUCAGAAUGGGAUCCGUGUCCUACUUGUCUGCUUCUGCGCUGAAUCCUACAGGGGGACAACGGCCACCUACCUGCGCUUGUACCCCCGGCGCCUGUUCCUUUCCAUGCUGUAAGGGGGGGGGGGAUAGACUAUUUCUUACACUGAAAUCCUUAUGUAUGUUUCAACUUGUCUGUGGUUAUUAUUGUAAAUAAACUUGUCCAGCAGAAACGG